CAGCUUUAACUGACCCGGCAACAUGAAGGCGGCUAUCUUACCCUUCCUUCUCUUAUUAGCCUGCUCGGCGUACGGGGGCCACUACUACAACGCAGACGGGACCCCCCACGACCCCUACCACGACCUCCACCUGCCGCACUACCCGCCGCUCUACCCCACCUACGCCGCCGUCCCGAGGACCGGCUUCAGCUGCGAGCAGAGGGAAUGGGGCUACCACGCCGAUGAGGCCACCGGCUGUCAGGUCUUCCAUCUCUGCCAAGGACACCUUGUAAGCAGUCACAUCUGCACGAAUGGGACACUCUUCCACCCGCAGUUCAAAGUCUGCGACAACUUUUACAACGUCCGAUGUGGAGUCCCUCUUGAAGACCUUUAAACCGACAAUACUUGGAGAUCACCCUAUGGCCAACCUAAACGAUUCUGUUACCGUGUUUAAAAUCAAACAUAAGAAAAUGUCUGUUGCAUCUACAUGUCUAUGCUUCAGCAUUUGUACAUAUACAAGUGUAUUUAAAACAAUGUGUUCCUGUAAAUAUAAUUUUAUUAUAACUUUUUACAACAGCUAACUAAUAAUAUUAACGCAAGAUCCAAAAUAAAAGUUCUUUUUUGUCUUUAAGAAAUUUAUAAU